CACAUUGUUUGAAUACAACAUAUGACCAAAAAUGCAAAUCAUUACAAUACUAUCACUUAUUAUAGCAAUUGGUGAGACUGUGGCGCAAACCAAUCCCUGGGACCCACAACCAGGUGACGGUGAUCUCUGGCAGAUCUUCCACCAGAAUCUGGUGAACCAAACCCGUAGACACAGAGUGGAUGAGAGGAUGAUCUUCGUGGGCGACUCACUCACCCAGUAUUGGCUGAUAUUGGGUGAACCCGUUUGGGCCAAACACUACACACCCAGACAUGCCUACAAUUACGGCAUCGGUGGCGAUAUGACACAGAAUGUGAUCUUCAGAAUACAGAACCAGGAGUUCGAUGGACUCCGACCGGUGGUCACCGUACUUAUGAUCGGUGGUAAUAACUUUUGGCGCACAAACGAUACGGUGGCUGAUGUGGCCCAUGGGACCCAGGAGAUUGUCAAUGAGUUAUUGGCUAAAAUGCCCACAACCAAGAUCAUUUUGUUGGGCAACAUACCGGCGUCCAUACCCGGGCUGAAUGAGAAACUCCUGCAACAUACAGCAUUGAUUAGUAAGCUGGCUAAUAACAGGAAUGUCUACUUUCUGGAAAUGUGGACUCACUUUUUGGACAAUAACCACAACCAGAACCUAAACCUGUAUAUCCCGGACGGCGUACACCUGAAUGAGUUGGGGUAUGAGGUGUGGCAGCAAACCAUGGACCCAUUGCUCAACAGAUUGUAUCCAAACAUUAUUUGCUCAAGGUUUUAUUCAUUUUUCUGUUAGUAUGGCUCUCAUAUACUGGUAAAU